UGCCAUGAUUAGAACUCACAUAAACCCCUACAAACCUCACACAAUCCACCCUCCAAAACCAGUUGAGCUUCUCCUGCAAAUCCCGGAAUUGCAGAGAAAACCCAGUUCCCCAAAAAGCCGAACCGGAAACGAGGAAGGAAACGCCAUGAAAGCUUAUCCCCAAAGUUUUUAGUUUUUUUUUCUCUCAGAGUAAUCAUCACAUAAAUCCAAAUGGUGAUAAGAUUAGAUUCGAUUAGAGUGUAACGUUCUCCAGAGGCUAUCGUGUCAAGAAAUCGCCAUAAAGCUAUGCCCGUUUCCUUCUGCAACCUCCAUUUCUUCCUCCCUUAAAAGCUCUCUCACUUUUUGGUUUUUCUUUCAGUCUCGAUCGACCCCUUUCGGUUUCUGCUGACUCUGUCUAUUUCCCGAGAGAAACCCAGAAAGGAAAACCCAUUUCAGAAUGCUGCCGAGGCUGAACGGUGGUGUUUGGAUGGACAACAGGGAGGACAGAGACUCUCUUUCCUGGACUAGAACCUCCGCCGCCGCCGCCGGCGGCAGCACCGAGAACAAGGACGAGAUGGGUUCUUCUCUGUCGACCUUCAAGUCGAUGCUGGAGGUUGAAGACGACUGGUACAUGGCGGCAAAUAACAGCAUCCAGGGCCAUUCAGAUGUCAGAGACAUCACCUUCUCGCCGAGCUUUGCCGACCCAGAAAGCUUGCUGCUCAACCCGGUGGACUCUUCCUCCUCCUGCUCGCCGUCGUCGUCGGUUUUCAACAAUCUCGACCCGAAUCAGGUUCAUUACUACAUGCCUCAAAAUCCCAACUUGUCUUCGCUGCUUAAUGUUGUUCCUAACAACCCUUUGGAUCAAGGCUUCGAUUUGGGCUGUGACAUUGGGUUUCUUGACACUCAAGCUUCGGGUGGCGGUUCGAGUAUGAUGAACAGGGGAGGUGGGGUUUUAUCUGGGUUCAAUGAUUUGAGCUCCAAUAACCAGAUGAAUGCUCAGAAUUUGGGUUCUAAUUUACAGUUUUCGACUACCCGCAUGCCUCAAGUUCUUGAAAACAGUUCAAAAUUUUCGGGUUUUUUAGGUGUGGAUGAUGGUUCGGCAAAUGCUUUGUUUCCCAAUAGGCCUAAGUUACUGAGACCACUUGAGUCCUUCCCUUCUGUGGGAGUACAGCCAACUCUUUUCCAGAAAAGAGCAGCGCUCCGGAAAAACAUAAGCGAUGGUGGAGGGAAUUUAGGUGUUUUGGGCUCACAAGGGGGCCUGGUUUUGAACGAAGGGGAUGUGCAGAAUGAGAAGAAGAGGAAAAUGAGCGGCGGAGAUGAUGUCGAUGAUCUGAGUUUCGAUGGUUCGGGUUUGAACUAUGAUUCGGAUGAGUUUACUGAGAACACUAAGGUUGAUGACGGUGCCAAGAAUGGUGGGAACGGCUCGAAUGCGAAUAGCACUGUUACCGGUGGAGGAGGGGGUCAUAAGGGGAAGAAGAAAGGGUUGCCUGCCAAGAAUCUGAUGGCUGAGAGGCGCCGCCGGAAGAAGCUCAAUGAUAGGCUGUACAUGCUGAGAUCCGUUGUUCCAAAGAUUAGCAAAAUGGACAGGGCCUCAAUCCUUGGGGAUGCAAUUGAGUACUUGAAGGAACUUCUGCAGAGGAUCAACAACCUCCACAAUGAACUGGAGUCAAUCCCUCCCGGAUCUGCAUUGACGCCUACCGGAAAUACUUUCCACCCUUUGACACCCACUCCGGCUACUCUGCCAAAUCGUAUCAAGGAAGAACUUUGCCCCAGCUCAUUACCUAGCCCAAAUGGCCAAGCUGCAAGGGUUGAAGUUAGGCUGCGAGAAGGACGAGCAGUUAACAUCCACAUGUUCUGCGGCCGAAGGCCAGGUCUCUUGCUCUCGACCAUGAGAACUUUGGAUAACCUUGGGUUAGACAUCCAGCAAGCCGUUAUCAGCUGUUUCAAUGGUUUUGCUAUGGAUGUCUUCCGUGCCGAGCAAUGCAAGGAAGGCCAAGACGUCGACCCGGAUCAGAUAAAGGCGGUACUUCUGGAUUCGAUCGGGUUCCAUGGCAUGAUGUAGAUUGCAGCAAAACAACAACUUGAAAUUGAUUUAACCAAAGACAGGAAGGAGACAUGCAAUUUGUAUAUGUUUUGCCAGAGCUCAAUUGUUUCGUUCAAUCAAGUGUUUAAUUAGCAGCUUUUGAAGGAACUUAAACUUGGUAGCUGUCGGUUUUGCUUUGUACCAUCAGAAAAUUCAGCUCAGUCAGACCUGGAUUUACUGAUUAUUUCUUAAAUUUUCAGCUAUUUCUUUCCAGUUUUUAAAUAAUUUUGUGACCGAAUUACCCCAUAAAUGUUAUGCCCUUUACAAUAA